AUCAGUGAGAGUGAACUGGAGAUGGCCACCGUCAGACACCAGCCUGAGGGACUAGACCAGCUGCAGACCCAGACCAAGUUUACCCGGAAGGAGCUGCAGUCGCUCUACAGAGGCUUCAAAAAUGAAUGCCCAAGUGGUCUGGUGGAUGAGGAAACCUUCAAGAUGAUCUACUCCCAGUUCUUCCCCCAAGGAGAUGCCACCACGUACGCACACUUCCUUUUCAACGCAUUUGACACAGACCGAAGUGGCUCAAUUCGCUUUGAGGACUUUGUGAUAGGUCUGUCAGUGCUCCUCAGAGGCUCAGUGAAUGAGAAGCUGAGGUGGGCCUUCAACCUUUACGACAUCAACAAGGACGGCUACAUCACCAAAGAGGU